CCUUGGGAUAUAGUGGGAUGGGAUUUAAUUUUUGACCAACUCAAAGUCAAAAUCUCUCUCUUGCCCUUUCCUUCCUCCCACUGUCAUCGCGAUUGCCCUUCCAAUUCUCGUGAUCUAGUCGGUUAGUUGCCGUUGUCGGUGCCACUCCGUCGAGGUUCACUUCGUCGAGCAUUCGAAAUCCUGCGAUUCCUCUGUUCUUCUUCUCCGAUCUUGAGCUGCUCAUUCCACAAUCAAAGUGUAUCAUUAGCUUUGCAAGGAGAUGCUUCUGAACAACCACAAAUUCCUACUGUGUUUGAGAAAGUGCUUUAAUCAGAUGGCAACAAUUUAUCUACUGCUGACUUGAAAAAUAUUCAGUCAGAUAAGGAAAUGAGGGUACAGUCAGAAAGUAAUCAGAGCCAAAAUGUCCCAAGCUAUAAUUUUGGCUUCAUGCAACCCUUAAAUUUCAUUCAUGGAGUCCAUUAUAGCCUUUAUAGGGCCAGCCUUUGGACCAGUAGUCGAAUAUUUAGAUUGCCACAUAAACUUCCAAAAUGAUGUGGGUGAUCUCAGAGAAAGAGUGGCAGGUCUAAAACGCAGAAGAAAUGAUAAAGUAGGAGAACUACGAAGUGUGGAUGUCUGGGAAAAACAAGUUAAAGAAGAAGUGCAGGGAUGGCUUGAAUAUGCGAGGAAGGUCAUUGAGAUUGAAAUGCCAGAUAUUGAAGGACAGGUGCAGAAUGUUUCAUACUUCUCACAUGGUAACCUUGGAAGACGAGUUCGUCGAAAGAUUCAAGAUGUGAGGGAAAUUUACGAUCGAGGUAGUUUCCCUGAAGGUCUUGUAAUUGAAAGGUCUCCAGCUAUUGGAAUCACUUUGCCAACAGAGAAUAUGGUGGGCGAGGUUGAUGUGAAGGAAAAAAUUUGGGAAUACUUAAUGGGUCACGAGGUUGGAAUUAUUGGAGUUUGUGGAAUUGGUGGAGUUGGCAAAACCACUGUUAUGAAACACAUCCAUAAUGAAUUAGUGAAAGAGGCUAGCAGGUUUGAGAAGGUUGUCUGGGUAACAGUAUCACAUCCUCUCAAUGUUUUCAGAUUGCAAGAUGACAUUGCUGGGGCAAUGAGCAAGGCAACGAAGAAAAGUGUUUCGGAUGGUUCGGAUGAAUUGAGUCGGGCAUCAAGACUGAUGGAGGCUAUGAAAAAAGUUAAAUAUGCACUGAUCUUAGAUGAUGUCUGGGAUAAAUUGGCUCUUCAUAAAAUUGGAAUCCCAAAACCAACAAUGGAAAAUGGGUGUAAAAUUGUUAUUACUAGCAGAUCCAUUGAUGUAUGCAACUACUUGAGAUGUCAGGUAGUUAAAGUACCACCUCUACCAGAGCAAGAGUCUUUGAACUUGUUUUUAGAUAAGGUUGGGCAAGAUGUUCUACUAAUUCCCAAAUUGGAAGAGAUUUUGAAGUUUAUGGUGGCUGAAUGCACUGGUUUGCCAUUGGCCAUUGUUGUCAUUGCAGGGAGCAUGAGAGGAGUAGAAGAUAUUUGUGAGUGGAGAAAUGCAUUACGUGAAUUGCAUCAAUGUGUGGUGGACACAGAGAAAGAUUUAGAGGACCAGAUAUUUAAACGUUUGAAGUUCAGUUAUGACCGUCUACCAAAUUCAAGCUUCCAAAAGUGUUUCUUAUAUUGCUCAUUGCAUCCAGAAGAUUGGGAGAUUAGAAGACAAGACCUAAUUGAAGCCUGGAUUUGUGAGGGAAUUGUUGAAAAAUUAGGAAGCAGAAGAGAAAUGCAUGAUAAAGGAAAUGCUAUUUUAAAUAGGCUUUUAAACUGUUGUUUGUUACAGGAAGCCAAUAAAGAGGCGUGUGUUAAGAUGCAUGAUGUUGUGAGGGACAUGGCAUUGCGCAUCAAGAGGACGAGUCCUGGUAGGUUUAUGGUAAAAGCUGGAAUGAGAUUGACAGAGAUACCGGAUGAAGAUGAAUGGAAUGAAGAUCUAGAUAAGGUCUCCCUCAUGAAAAAUGUAAUAUCAUAUAUCCCUCAAAAUAUGUCCCCUAAAUGCUUGAUGCUCUCAACCUUGAUUUUGGAGGGUAAUAGCAGAUUGAGACAAAUUCCAGAGUGUUUUUUUGCUAACAUGCCCCUGCUGAAGUUUCUUGAUCUUUCUAAUACUGGCAUUGAGGUUCUACCUAAUUCCAUAUGUAACUUGGAAUAUCUCACUACACUGAUCCUCUGUGGAUGUGAGAGUUUAAAACGCAUGCCUUCCUUGUCAAAGCUUAAAACACUGAAGAAGUUGGAUUUGGAUGGAGCAGGCCUUUGUGAGGCUCCUAAAGGCAUUGAAAUGUUAGAAAAUCUGCAAUAUCUUGAUUUAUCUUGUCCAAACCUGAGGCUGCUUCCAGAAGGAAAAAUCAGUAAGCUCUUCCGCCUCCAAUACCUACGUAAACGUCAGAUUUUUUCAACUGACAUAAGAGGAGAAGAAGUAGCAAGAUUGAAGAUGCUGGAAUGGUUUGAAGGUAGAUUUGUUUGGCCGAAAGACUUCAGCAGUUUUGUUAGCAAGUUGAACCUCUUCGGAAGACCCAGUCAUUACUUUAUCACAGUGGGAGACACAGACAGGUAUAGCGGGGGGCAUUUUUGGAAGUUCAAUAAUAAUGAUCUUCCUAAACAGGUAAUUUUAAUCGGAUGCCAGAUGGGAGAAGAAGAUGAGUUGGUCCUUCCAGGUGACCUUCAGGAUUUGAGGAUUGAAUCCUGCAAUGCAGUCGGUGAUAUUUCUGUUUUUCAGAAAGAUUUUACUCAAUUGCGAACAUGUGCUUUGGAAGACUGCCUAGGGAUAGGAUGUGUGGUCUCUUUGUCAUCAUCUUCAUCUACUUCCUCGACAGUUAUGAAUAACCUUGAAGUACUAACUCUUAAGUGUUUGCUUGGCUUGCGGGAUGUUGUGAAAGUAGAAAAAACAAGAGCAUCGCUUGCACCAACAAUAUUCCCUCACAUCUUUUCCAAUCUUAAACAGCUGAGGGUAUACAAUUGUUUAAAAUUGAAGAAACUUUUUCCAUGGGAGCUGUUGCAGGGUCAGGGCCUCCAAAACUUGGAGCUGAUUGAGGUGACUAAUUGUCAGGGGAUGGAGGAAAUAAUAGGAUGGGAAGAAGAAGAGGAAGGAAAUCAAACAACUACUACAAUAUUGAUCACUUUUCCAAAAUUAAGGAUAUUGGAGUUGCAAUCCCUUCCAGAAUUGAAGAGAAUCUGCCCCGAAAGAGGAUGGGAAAACGCGCAACCAUCUCUUCCUGCUGUCAAAUCCAUCUGUAUUUUCAAUCCAAAAAGAUGGUGGGAAUCGUUAGAGUGGGAGAAUCCUGACGAUAAGAUUGUCCUCCAACCUUUCCGCAAACCUGAAAAAGACUCAGCUCAGGAAGCAAGCACCGGAAUGGAUUUCUUGAGUCAUCCAUUGAAUAUCAAUCUGGUCAAUUUGUGUCCACUUUCUAAUGCGCAGCCCAGGCUGCAUCUCUUAUCAUCUCAAACCUAUUUCUUCAACUCAGCAACAUAUACAGCUAAGGAAAACAAAAAAAUUGGGACUCACACUCACUUCAAUCCAAUGCAAUCUCUGUUGUAAUUUUUGUUUUGUGCUAUGGAUGAACUUUGUUUAAUUAGUUUUUUUUUGUGUUGUAAUAAGCAGUAAAAUAGAUUUGAGAAAUUUCUUGUUUUAUAUUUUGUGACUAUUAACUAUAUCAACCUCAACAUCUUAAUUUCUUUAAUCACAUUAUUGUUCAACUCUUGUGCAAAUUGAACCCACAUAUAUAUAUGUAGGCCAUAGCAGACCCAAGCCAUUCAACUUAUACGUAGGCCAUAACAGACCCAAGGUAUGAAUUUCUCUCAUAUUUGAUCUAUUGAUUUUGUUAAAAACUUCCGUGGCUAACUUGAGCAUCUUAAGUUCCCUGCCAAGGCACACUUCUGCAGCCCUUCACCGUCUUUCCUCCUGCUUUCAGAUUGUGCUUUCUUCUGUACCAGCUGCCUCUACCUUCCUAUUCUACACUGGCAAAUUUUCAAGAUUUGUGUGUUUUUAGAUUUUACUUUUAACAAAUUCCAUAUGAUAUC